UUUAUUUGUGUGUAUGAUUUGAUCCAAUCAAACCUUNAAAGAGGACGCGUCCACCGAUAAAGAGAACCACGAGCAUGACUGAGUUCACCUUGGAUCUCAACAAUCCGCCGUCCGAUCAUUUCAACGCCGGAGAUCAAAUAUUUCCGGCGGCCGCUAGGCCCCACCACCGCAGCUCCGGGGAGUUUGUCCAAACUGCUAAUUUCUUGAGGGUUUGUUUCCUCUGCAACCGCCGCCUUGUCCAGGGUCGUGACAUAUACAUUUAUAGAGGUGAUAGUGCCUUUUGCAGUCUGGAAUGCAGACAGCAAAAGAUGAGUGAGGACGAGAGGAAAGAGAAGUAUUCGUCGGCAAUGGAAAUUGAUCGGAUCGCCAUGUAGAGGAUCUCAGCCAAAUGAGUUCCUACAAUAUUAAUAUAUUUUAUGCAAACAUAUUUGACUAAUAUAUGGAUUUUUAAUUGAAUGGGCGUAUAUUUUUGUUACAAUUUGGGUCUCUCGCAUAUGGUACAAUGAAUACGUUCUCAAAUAAAAUAAAAGGCCAAAAUUAUUUCAAAUCCUACGCUCCUAACUAGCUACCAUAUGAAAUCACAAAUUGCAGUGCAAAUGCACCCAUAUAAUACAAGUUUGUAAAUUGAAAAAAUUAUAAUUGUACAGUAUAUAUUAAAAGUGUUAGAAUAGGAAAUAUUAUUAUAUUUACCUUUAUUAUUAUAGGGUAACUUCUUACCCAAGUAGUUUAACCCUAGCUUGUUGCCCAAGUAGUUUAGUCUAUAUAUACUCUUAUUCUGUAAGUGAUUGAUACACAUUGAUAUACAGAAACACUUCUACUCCUAUUAUGUCUCUCUUUACGCCUCUAUCUGACAUGGUAUCAGAGACACCCCUCUGAGCCGUGGCCACCCUACAUUUUUUUUCUUCUUCUUCUUC